CACACCAAUUCCAUCUGAUGCUACCUACAUUCCACCUGAACUACCACCAAAAUCUGACUAUGAUAAUCUAGUUUCAAAUGUAAAGACGGCUAUUAACGAAGGUCUGCAUCCAAAAAUGAUCCUAAAAGGUUCAAGUGGUAGCUACUUCGCACGCGGGAAAGUCAACAACGAAAUCGAGAUCGUCGGCGUGUUUAAGCCAAAAGAUGAGGAACCUUAUGGUAGAUUAAACCCGAAAUGGACGAAGUGGGCUCACAGGAAUUUCUUUUGGUGGAUUGCUUUUGGAAGGAGUUGCUUGAUUCCCAAUUUAUCUUACAUUUCUGAAGCUGCUGCGUCAAUCCUGGAUGAUAGACUGCAGUUGGGUAUUGUCCCACGUACAGGCUUAGUCGACCUAGCCUCCCCUUCUUUCUUUUACGAGUGGGCAGAUAGAAGAGCCUGGCAUAAAGGCUCAAAGCCCCUCCCUGAUAAGAUCGGUAGUCUUCAGACUUUUAUGCAUGGCUACAAAGACGCUUCGAAUUUCUUGGCAGAUCACCCUUUCCCUGGUAGAACAUCAGCAGAUGCUUUCGCAGCUAGCAGAAAGAAGCGCUCUAACAAUUUCUGGAGAUGUCAACCACUUCAAUUGAUGUGCGGUACAAGAGAAGGAGAUAAUGAUGACCUUUUCGAUUAUGACGUAGAUGCCGACGCUGAAUGGCAAGCACACGCUCAGUUGGAUGACGAUGAUGGUGAUUUCUACUCGACGAGGCCACCACGCUCGAGUCAUACAGACAGACCAUUCAGUUGGACACCCGAACUUCAACAGAGUUUUAGAGAGGAAUUAGAGAAACUCGUAAUUUUGGACUACUUAAUGCGCAAUACCGAUAGAGGUCUCGAUAACUUUAUGAUCCAAUUUGAUCCAGGCCAUACAGUAAAUAACAAUGCUAGCAAAAAUGGAAUAAUCAAUAGACCACCAACUCGUAAUGCUGAACCAUUCGUUCCUGAUGUCUCUUCAAUGUCAGGUCCACCUACCCCCCUCGCAUCGAAUCAACCAAAUGGUUCAUACAUCCCUGACGAACCUAAUAACCCACAAGAAUCACUUUUCUAUGAUGAAAAUCAACUUGACGUAAAACAGUCAAAUCUAAACAUACCAAGGGCUCCUUCUCCUUCUCCAUCCCAAUCGAGACAAUCAAUAUCAGAGAACAGACCACGAAUUCGCAUAGCUGCAAUAGAUAAUUCUUUAAGUUUCCCACAUCAACAUCCAAAAGGAUGGAGAUCAUAUACCUAUGGAUGGCUCUUUUUGCCAGUUUCCUUAAUCGGGCAACCAUUCUCAGCGUCGACCAGACGACACUUUUUGCCACUUCUUAGUGAUCCUAAAUGGUGGACAGAGACUACCCAAGCUCUCAGGCAGGUAUUUGAAGUUGAUCCAGAUUUCAAUGAGGGUAUGUUCGCGCGUCAAAUGGCCAUCGUUAAAGGUCAGGGUUGGAAUAUAGUGCAGAGUCUGAGACAUGCAGAUGAAGGACCAUUGGAAUUGUGCAGGAGAGUUAAAGUUCUCGUAUGGGAUGAUGUGAUUGAUAUUGCUGAUAAUAAUGAAGGCGAAGUUGAAGAGCAGGAUAUCACAGAGAGACGAUACAGCUAUACCGAAGAUGAACAUGAGGAAGAUGAUGAAGAUGAAGUCAAGUCGUUGCCUGGGCACAGGGUGUCCAAGUCAUUCGAUGGUGCUCGCCCAAGCUUUGACAGAGCUCAUAGUCAUAAUUCACCAUUUUCACCUCCACAUUCACCCCCAUCGAGUAGGGUAAACAGCCGCCCCGUACCUUUCUCCAGACAGAGGUCGGCUAGUAUAUAUGCCAAGAGUCUUGAUGCUGCGUCAGGUGUCGAUGUGUUACAGCACAUGGACCAGCUGGAUGCAGUCGAGCAUUCAAUGCAUCAGCUUGCAAAUGAGCAAGACCAAACUCAAGUUAACAACGUCAACGCUGAGAGAGAUGAAAAUGACAUAGAAGCUAGUCAAAAUGCAGAGAAUUGGCUUAAGACAUACGCAUCUGGUAAUGACAGAUCUGAGCAGAGACCAGGUAGAAUUUCAACAGAUACACAUGCAUCGAGUGUUCAUCAAGCCCACAGGAUGCCACCUACACCAUACAAAACUCGUAAAGUAAUAGUAGAAAGACUCGAAACCGUCAAAGGUGGUAAUCCGUAUUUCGAAACGUGGUAAUGAUAACUAGAAAAAUAAAAUAGUACUUUAAUGUCGUUAGUUGAAUACAUACAGUAAUUAGCAGUAAAAUUCAUAGUAAAAUUAUAUGUAUACAUAAUCUAUAUUUGGGCAAUAGCGCAUCCGUCUGCUCUCAUAUCACUACCCGCAGACCAAACAUCCUUGCUGGUCUUCUUGAUAAUUUGACCACGACCGCAAAUUUCUCGUUGUAAUCCUCUCGAUAUGCGUACAUCGUGGCCCAUUUUCCUGAGCUGCUUGAUUGUAUUCUCAUUGACGCCUUCUUCGAUAUUGACUUCGGAGUUUAUUUCUGAAUCCGCCAGGCUGCUCUCCAAUUCAGCUUCCUUUGACAAGAUCGGUGUGUUAUGUGGAACGAUCUUGGAUGGCUUUUUUGCACCGAUGCAGAAUCGUGGUGCGUCGAGAGCUUCCUGUGGUGUAAACCCUCUUAACACAUUCAAGAGUGUCUGGACUUGUCCUUGAGGUUGGUUGAAUGACCCCAUGACCGACCAGCUCAUGAAAAGCUCAUUUGUACUCUUCUUCGUGCAUAUUGCUGGAAUGAUCGUGUGAUAUGGGCGCUUAUUACCGUCUAAGACAUUCGGAUGGUUGUCCUCUAAAGUGAAAUUGGAUCCACGGUUUUGAAGUGUGAAUCCGCAUCCUUUUGGUACUGCUCCCGUACCAAAGCCUGCGUAAUUUGAGUUUAUAAAUGAUGCAACGUUACCUUCCUCAUCUGCUACUGUAAAGUAGACGGUGUCUGAGGAGUUUGCUGGACUUCCAUGUCUUACUUUGCUGAUUGCGUCUUUCUUGAUCAAUCUAGCACGUGAAUCAAGGUAUUCCCUUUCGAGCAAUUGCUUAAAAUCGAAAUUGGUCUUUGAAGGAUCACAAACGUAGUACCUUGUGUCUGCGAAUGCGAGUCUCAAACUUUCGAUAAGAAAAUGCAAGUAUUCUGUACCAUUGUGUGGUAAUUCUACGAGUGGCUUGCUUAGCAUACCGAGUUUUUCGCAUGAUUCUAGGAUUCCAAGUGCUAUCAAGGCUGUCAAUCCUUGUCCAUUUGGCGGACACUCAUGUACAACAUACUCAUCGGCGUAGGUGUACUUCAUAGGUUCGACAAAAGUGCUAGUAUGUGAACUGAGAUCUUCGAGUGUCAAUAAUCCACCUUGUGAUUGUACAAGUUUGACAAUCUCAUUCGCUAUUCUACCCUCAUAGAAGCCCUUCUUUCCGUGUUCAGCAACUUCCUCGAAGGUCUGCGCGAGUGUUGGCAUAUACAAAAUUUCACCCUCCUUCGGUGCUCUGCCAUCUAGCAGCAUUUCUUCUGCAUUUGGGGAAGCAUUCUUGAUAAGCUCUUCAGAUCUGCUCCAUUGCUCAGCGGUUAUCUGAUGUACCGGAUAUCCAUUCCUCGCUAGGCGUAUAGCAGGCUCUAGAACCUGUUUGAGUGAUAAUUUCUUGCUAGAGAACGCAUCAUAUGCAUCACACCAUCCUGCUGGUGCCCCGGGUACGGUAACUGCGUUAAUGUUGUCAAACGGAAUCUCCGUGCCAUCUAAGCCGAUUUCACGCGCCUUCUCGAGUGUUAGAGCUGAUGGGGAUCUUCCUGAUCCAUUCAGACCAUGUACUUUCUUAUCGCUCGCAGAAUAGUAGAGCAAGAACAUGUCACCGCCUAUACCGGUAGAACAAGGCUCUGUGACGUUGAGAGCUGCAGAUACUGCUAUCGCGGCAUCUACGGCGUUUCCGCCCAUAUCGAGCACUUUCACACCAGCUUGUGAAGCCAGCGGCUGGGAUGAACUCACUAUCCCGCGACGUGAGUGAACUGUCG